AUGGGUCUGAUUGGCAGCAAACGGAAGGACGAGACGACGGCGGACAACGGCAAAAACGAGCAGCAGACCGUCGUCAGUUCAUUGCUUUUUUAUCUCGUUUUCUUACAAUAAAUUGCAGGUGAAGCGAUCAAAUCGUCAGGAUGACAUGAUUGCCAAGUACGCAGAGAUUCUGAAGACGCGCGGAGUUGUUCCCGAAUAUUUUCUCGUCCACGAAGCCAAAAGGUAACCAAGAACUGUCGAUUUCCAAUCUUUGAUUCUCUUUCUUUUCAGCUCUCAGUACAUUGACGAGGACGGCGACGUGGCGAACGAAUUCUACCAGGAAACGAUGAGCGACGGAGAGAAGCGAAGACUUUGUCGGCUUAUGAAGAAUCUGAGACCCAAGGUUCGUUUUUUUCCUUCUCCAGAAUCUAGCAGAAUCCACGUUUUCCAGGGGAAAGAACGAUACGCGAUUCCUCGUCUGAAGCCCGACAUCCCGGUCGUCAUGUGGGAGGUUCAGAAGUCGGAAGCCUAG